AUGUUAAGGUAUUCGUCUCUCUUCUCUGUUCCUUCUACUCUCAAUUUGUUUCUUCUUCAUCGUCGAUUACACAUUCAGCCUCUUCCUUCGUUCAUUGACAAUGUUAAUGAUGCUAUUUCCUCAUUCAAUAGCAUUCUCCAUAUGAAGAAUCCUACCCCACCCAUCUUUGAAUUUAAUAAGAUUUUAUCUUCUCUUGCUAAGUUGAAUCAUUUCAAUAUUGCUAUUUCUUUUUCUCAACAAAUGGAACUUAAACCAAUUCAACCUGACAUUUUUACUUUAAGCAUCUUGAUUAAUUGUUUUUGCCAACUAGGUCAAAUCAAUUUUGCAUUUUCUAUAUUGGGUAAGAUUCUUAAACUAGGUUAUGAGCCGAAUACUGUAACUUUAACUACACUUAUCAAAGGUCUUUGUAAUAACGGUCAUGUUAGGAAAGCCCUUAACUUUCAUGAUCAUGUUAUACGAAAGGGGUUUCAUCUUGAUCAGGUUAGUUAUGGGACAUUGAUCAAUGGGUUAUGUAAAUCCGGAGAAACAAGAGCUGCCCUGCAGUUGCUUAGAAAGAUUGAAGGGUUAUUAUUGGUUAGACCUGAUGUCAUAAUGUACACCGCAAUCAUUGACGGUCUCUGUAAAGAUAAACUUGUAAUUGACGCGUAUGAUUUAUAUUCUGAAAUGAUUGUUAAGAAAAUUUAUCCUGAUGUUGUCACUUAUAAUACUAUAAUAUAUGGUCUUUUCAUUGUGGGUCAAAUGAAAGAAGCAGUUGCUUUGUUUAAUGAAAUGUCGUUGAAAAACAUCAGUCCAAAUGUUUUUAUUCUUACUACAUUGGUUGAUGGUUUAUGUAAGGAAGGAGAGGUCAAAAAAGCUACAAGUGUGUUAUCUGUUAUGAUAAAACAAGGCGUGGAACCUAAUGUUGUUACUUAUACUUCUUUGAUGGAUGGGUAUUUCUUGGUAAAAGAAGUCAACAAGGCCAAACAUGUAUUCAACACUAUUUCUCUAAGGGGAGUGACUCCUAAUGUUCAUAGCUACAAUGUCAUGAUUAAUGGAUUAUGUAAGAAUAAAAUGGUGGAUGAAGCUGUGAAACUUUUCAAAGAAAUGCAUUUAAAAAACAUGACUCCUAAUACUGUUACAUACAGUUCACUUAUUGAUGGACUUUGCAAAUCGGGAAGAAUCUCUGAUGUUUGGGAUCUUAUAGAUGAAAUGCAUAAUCGUGGUCAACCAGCUAAUAUAAUCACUUACAAUUCUUUAUUAGAUGGAUUGUGCAAAAACCAUCAGGUUGACAAGGCAAUUGCGUUGUUAACGAAGAUGAAAGACGAAGGAAUUCAGCCAGAUAUGUGUACAUACACAACACUUGUUGAUGGACUAUGCAAAAAUGGAAGACUUAAGGAUGCACAAAGGAUUUAUCAGGAUCUUCUAUGUAAGGGCUACCCAUUAAAUAUUAGAAUGUAUAAUGUGAUGAUUAAAUGGGCUUUGUAA